AUGAAAUCAGCAGGUGAACUGAUGAGAUGUCAGUCACGAGUAUCUGAAGCAAACUUCUCUUUGUUGUUCCGUAAAGAUUUUCGUGAUGAACAUUUCUUAGAGUUUCCUAAGCCAGCGUUGGGUCAUACUUAUUAUAGAUUCCCUAAUCCAGUGGUACCAAAUGCUUCUGUUUCACCAGCAUCAACUUCACAAUCAGUGAAACGAGAGUUUAAUGAUGGUAACUAA